UUCGACCUCGAGAAUCCAGCUGUUGAUGGCACUCUCAAGCUCCACUCGCUGUCCGUGCAUUCUACAUCUGGCUGUGCUCCAUUUCUAUGGGUCAAUAAUAUACUUGAUGCCUGCAAUCUUUCUGAUGCCACUGUUCACGUCGUGCCUUUGAUGGUUUGAGGAUACCGACGGGGAGACAUCUGACGAACUAUAGUUCCGUAGAGUCAGCUCAUCUGCGUCCUUAAUCACGUUGCUGUUGCAAGCAAUAUCGAGACUUCUUACCGAGAGCAUGCCAAACGCUGCUCGAUUCCUUGAAGUGGCUUGUUUCUCACCAGAGUCCGCCUUCAUCGCAGCCGAUGCAGGCGCACACCGGAUCGAACUAUGUGGAGGUCCUUUCUCGUCUGGAGGCCUCACUCCGUCGCUCACGGACCUGCAAGCGGUCAAAAAAGCCACUGAGAUACCUGUCCAUGUCAUGAUUCGGCCACGAGCAGGCCGCUUCGUUUACACGAGCGACGAGAUUGGCACCAUGAUGCAAUCCAUAGCCGCAAUGAAGGAAUGGGCUGACGCUUUUGUGUUUGGCGUUCUAAGUGACGACGGUAAACUGGAUGUUGAACAAUGUAAACAACUCCUGUCCGCUGCUGGAGACACGCCAUGCGUGUUCCACAGAGCGGUCGAAUGCGUCAAUGACUCUGGACAAGUAUAUGAUCUGAUCAAAGAGCUUGGCUUUAGUGGUGUUCUGACGGGAGGAAGAUCGUCGGCGGCAGUUAACAGUGUAGCCGAACUAACUGAACUCACACAACGACACGAAACCAGCGGCUUACAAAUUAUACUAGGUGGGGGAAUUAGAGCGUGUAAUGUCAGGACUUUGCUGAAGCACACAAGUGCAAAGUGGUAUCACACAUCAGCAUUGGUGAAUGGACAGAGUAUUGCAAGCUUCGACGAAAUCUCACAGCUGCUGGGAAUCAUCGCGGAUGGACGUAAUUAACGAGGCAUUUUUAAAGCCGCGAUUCUUUAUUAC